AUGAACAUGGAAUUUCCCGAAUUAGGAGCAAACUGCACCCUGAAUACCUGUAAACAGUUAGGUGAGUUUUAUCUGAAGUCUUUGAGAGAUAUUUUUUUUCGUUGAUUUCUGUGGUAUUUAACUCCACCGAGAAAAGGUUUGUCAAUAUGAAAUGACUUCGCAGAAAUUUUCGUUAUUUAACUUCCUUUAUUUUCACCAAAUGCCUCCGACCUAAGACAUAAACUUCGUGAGGAAAAAGCUUUUUCCUUUCCAAAUGGAGAAAACUUAAGUGAUGAUUUUCCUUAAAAUUGACUUUCUGUAGAUUUCCUUCCCAUGAAAUGUGAUGCUUGUUCCAAGUUGUUUUGGUAAGACUAUUCACGAUUAUUUUUAUUUACUGACGUUCCAUCACUUUCUAAAGCACUAGUAAGUGACAAAAAUAAUUUAUUUGUUUCCUGGUUUAUAGUAAGGAUCAUAUCAAGUAUACAGAACACAGUUGUGAAAAUGCCUACAAAAAGGUAAAUGCAACAGUAUAACCUAUUCCUUACAUUUUUUUAUUACUUUGUGUACUCUCUUACACUUUUCUUUACUUUUAUUUUUCAUUUUAUUUACCUUUUUCAGUAAGAAUUGAUCAGUUGAAAAUAGAAAAUCUAUCACAAGAUAGUGUAAGGAGGGUCAAUAUGUUUUUAAUGACAUGGAUCUCCCCUCCCUCCCCCUCCCUCCCCCCCUCCCUCCCUCCCCACCACUUGGGUUAAUUUGCCAAACUCUUGGAAACUUCCCUAUGACAAGUGGGAUAAUCUAAAUAAGUAGUCUAAGAGUUGACGGAGGAGUUUCGGCAAAUUGGCAAGGUGUUCUUUGAUGAAAUGAAAGGUAACCCCCAUCGUGGUUAAACUAGCUAUCUAGAGAGUCUCAUUAAUUGUUUUGUGCUGCUAAAGGUAAAGGAUAAAUGUGGACUUGUUUCUUAAUUUUUGUCUUCAUUAGGACUUUCAAGUUCCAGUUUGUCCAUUAUGUAACAAAGCAGUACCAGUCCCUAGAGGGGAACAACCUGACAUAAAGGUGAUGCAGUUGUAGUUUUUUUUUUCCAAAUUUGAUUUCCUUUCAAAUGAUAGAUUUAAAUUUAAUCGUGAUUAUCUAUAGGAGAACUAUGCUGCAUUUUUUUUUGGAUGUUUAGAGGAAAGCUUGGAUUUUAACAAUUUGAUACAUUUUUGUGAAAUAUUUUAUUCCAUAGGUUGGAGAACAUAUUGACAGAGAUUGUCAGUCUGACCCAGCAGUGGCUAAAAGAAAGGUGAUUUAAAAUUGUUGUCCUUUUUUUAUUGGACACAUCACUGAAUUUCAUAAAAUUGUUGUGUUUACUAGAGAUAUGGCCUUUUCUCACUCACACUAUUAGUGCACUUGGUAUCAGUUUGUUCACUUGAUUAAUUUUGAAUCUCUCUCUAAUAUCUGCCUUACAGUUUGUUAUCAAGGGAAUUCUUUACUUUAUACUUAACUCUGAACUUUCAUAAGUGGCCAAGACAUAAUUUUUCCUCACAACAUCAAGACCAUAUCAAGCAGACAGUUAAAGUGAAGAAAGAAAAUUAUCAAUUAGGGGAUUAUCAAUUGAUCCAAUAUCAAAUUCUCCAAACUGACAUACUAAUAAGAAUUUGUGUAGCAGAUAGCAGGGAGAAUUACAAAUGAGAUCUUGGGAGUGAAAGGGUUUUAAAAGUAAGUGACAAUGUCAUUGGCUGUUGCUGAGCAGGGAUUGAAAAAAAGUUCACUCAAUGUCACUGCAAUUAUCAAUCUGUGUCACAGACUGUAAGCUGAUCUUCGCAAGAAAAAUUCAAGUCAGCUUAGUAAUCAUGCAGUCUCUAACAUGAGAAGAAAAUGUAUGGUACCACAUUUUGAAUAUAGGAUUUUGAGUUUCCCUUUUUUGUAUCACCACAGGCAUACCAGAAUAGGUGUUCUCUCAAAGGAUGUAAACAAAAAGAGGUCUGUUUACAAACAAUUGUAAUGUACACUAUAAUUAUACCAAUAGAUAUUUAUACAUAUUCACUAUUAAUUGCAUUAAUUGGUUUGAACCUGCAUUCCUAGACAUAAUUAGGUUACUAGACACUUUUCCAGGGCAACGUCUAUGAUGUUUCUUCACCUCUCUGUCCCUUUUAAUUUCGUUAAGUCCCAGUCUGUCUAUACCAUCUUGAAGACUAACAUUAAAAGUUGAAGAGGAGAUAGUAGAUAUUCCAAAAAAGGUGUCUGGGAGUUUUGUCAUUAUUAGUCAGUCAUGCAAGCUGACAAUUCAAGCUAGAGAAGUCCUUAGGAGAAGGGUUGCUUAGGGAGGAAGUUGCCUGCAUUGCAAAGUUUAACUUCAGUUGCUGCUAAAGCUCUUCCUUGCAUGAAGUGACAUUAGGUAUCUUUCUAGAUGUAAUCAAUUCUUAUAAUAAUUGACCACAAGGCUCACAAGACUAAUAGCUUAUCCUCUUUCCUUUCACUAUUUCAGCUUAUCCCUGUUAGGUGCGAAUCUUGUCGGCAAAACUUUUGUCUGAAACACAGACAUGAACAAGAUCACAACUGCUCUGGGGUCAUAAGGGGUGCAUCUAGAAGGUUAGUAUAUAUCUCACAGGAAGCCAGUGUUUAUUUCUAGUUCAGCAGAUGCCCUAGUUUUGUUCAAUUGAUUGUCAAUCUAUCCUGAUUUUUUAUAACUUAAGUUGUAAUUUUAGUCUGCCAAUGCUAAGGACACAAGUGAAUAAAAGUAUUCCUUUUUAUUUGUAGUAAAACAAGUGCUUCCUUGAAAGCAGGGUAAGUUUCUUACUUUUUUCCUAUAUUUCCCUUUAAAAACAUUUUGUUGAAAGAAUUGGUGAUUUACAAUAAACCCUUCCACAAAUAUUUGUCUUUAAAGUGUCCUAAAUAAUGUAAAAUUUGAUUCCUCAAGCUAUUUGGGUUUUUAGCUAAAUUGUUUUUAUCUUUUGGAUUUAAAGAGAAGCUGCAGCCACCAGAGUAAAGAAUGUGGCUUCAUCAUCAAAAGUACACAAGAAACCACAACAAACAUCUUUGUCAUCAAUAGGAAGAGACUUGGACAGGUACGCUUGUGGAAUAUAUUUUUGUGCUGGGUGGUUAUAUUCUAACUUAUUUUGUGCCUGGCCAUUUAGAAAUAACAGAAGUCGACAAAAGGUAGUUACUUAAAAUAUUUGGCCCAUUAGUGGCAGCCAGAUGUGUGUCAAUGGAGUAGGUAGCUUGGUAGUUGUUGAGAAGAUCAAAUUUUGCUCCUGUUUGUUUUUGUUCUAUCUUGUAAAAAGCUCUUGCUGAACAUUUCUAAAAUUUCCUCUUGCCCUGUUCAGAAAAAUCUAGAAGUUGUUUAAAAAACUGCCCAUACAGCUGGAGAAAACAAAAAAAAUAUAAAAAAAAACCCUCAAAUGUGGUUUGUACUUGUUUUCUGAUAGGAAACAGGCAAUGGUUAACCGAAAAAAACUGACCAAUCAUAAUGUACUGUGUAUCCAGGAUUUUAUCCAACUAAAUUAGACAUCACAAUCAAAUUUUUAUGAUAAUCAAAUAUUUUUAUUAGUUGUAAUGUUCAACAGCAAGGUUGUGCAUCAUCAGAGAGCUUGUUAUUUAGAGCCUCAUAAUCUCUUGCAAUUGCUGCAUUCCUAGGAUUCUAAAAUUCUCAUGUGAUAUACUUCUGUGUGAUUUACAGGUCCAGACGAGAAAGACAAAUGACUGCUCCAAAUCCUCAACCUAUUCCACAACCAGCAUUGGUAAAUACUUUCCUCUACUUCUGUUUCAGAGUCAAAUUUGUUCUGACAGUCACAAUGUCAGAAGCUUAUUGUCAGAAGCUGAUGUCAUAAACCUCUAUAAUUAUUAUUAUGAUAAUUAUACAUUAGGUUAUGAGCUCAAGAUUUUGAUUGAUUACUUGAUUGUUAGUGAGGGGGAAGUCCUCUUCUUCAAUUACCAACUGAUAUCCUUAAAAAAUAACAAAUCUAUUGAAUCUAAUUUGUUUUGGAUGAGUAUUGAAUAGUUUAGUCACUCAAAACUUAACAACAAUACAGUGCCACUCACUUUAUUUGUCAUCUUUGUGUGAUCAGCUGAAUUAACCCUUAACCCUUUACCCCUAAAAGUGAUGGCAUCUAAUUUCCCUUUACAAUAUCACCACUGAAUCACACAUUAAUGUCAUGAGAAUAAAGGAGGUGAUCAUGAACUAAAGAAACUCUUGCUUGUUAGACAAAUUCUCCUUUUCAGCACCUUAGUAAAUGUACAGAGACCAGUGUGGAGAAUAUGAAUACUGAUGUUAGGGUGUAAAGGGUUAAACACACAUUUUGAUUGGUUCUUACUCAUGAUCUGUUAAAGAACAGACCCGUAGAUGACAAAACAACCAAGAAAAUGUUUUUUCUUUAUUAUAUAAGACAACAAAUAGUUUCCAUGUUGCUGCAAGUUUGUUCAGAUCACAGAUGACAUCAAAGUGUGGUAAGAACAUCAGCAACACAUUUGGCUUUGCUUUACUUGCCACUUUUUUGUUCUUUCAUCAUUUUGACAUCAUCUGUGAUCUAUUACAGUACAGAUACAUGGCAACAUGGACAGGCAAUCAAAUUGCAGCAUAGAACACUAGUCUUGUAGAUUAUUUUUUAAAUAUCUAUGUUUUAUGGUUCAUAGAGUGAGGAUGAGGCCUUAGCCUUAGCUAUACAAGCUUCUCUACAAGAUCAGUCAAAGACAAAGUCCCCCAGUCCACCACCGACAACACAAGAAGAGGAAGACCGAGCUUUAGCACAAGCCCUGGCAGAAUCUGAAAGAGAGGAGCAGAAAAGGAGACGACAACAGGUAUAUGCAUUUUCUUGAGGUCUCCUAGCUAAUUACCAAAGCCAAUCAGAAGAAAUGUUAACAUGGCAAAUUAAGAAAAAAAUGAAAACACCUAAUAUGUAAUGAAAUAAAUUUCAUUUGACCAGCGGAUGAAAAUCAAGUAAAGCAAUGAUCCUUGGAGGUGACCUGCAAUUCAAGCAAAUGGCUACAACCCUUUUAACUCCCAUAAGUGACCAGGACAGAAUUUCUCCUUACAGUAUCAAUACAAUAUAAAAUAGAUGAGUGAUGAGAAUAAAGAAUAAUAUCAAUUUGGGAAUAAUUAGUUGAUCCAAUAUUAAAUUCUCUCAACUAACAUUAUAAGAAUUGUAAGGUUGGCAGUAAUGAGAAUUACAAAUUUAAUCUGGGAGUUAAAGGGUUAACAGGAUUCAAGCCUGUGCUUCCCAGAUACUAGUUGGGCAUUACUACCAACUGAGCUUUGAAGCCACAUGUUGGGAGCAGGGCACAUUUUGGAGUGAUCUUGGUUCCCUUAGAGGAAUUGGAUCACUGUUUGUAAUGAAAUAAAUUCCGUUUGACCUGCCGAUGGCUACGAAGCCACAUGUUGAGAGUGGGGAACACUUAAGAGUGUUCAUCUUACCUGUGGGGGAACCUGAUCAUAAUUUGCAAUGACUGCUGUUAGGAAAUACAUGGGAACAACUUCAAGUGUAGGCAUAUGCUUGAAACAUCUGCUUUUUAACAUUAGAUGUGGCUGUCAAGUAGCUUGAUUUACUGUUGAUAGCCAAAUAAUUAUUUCAUUUUUCAGCAUUGUUGUUUUAUUUGACUGAAUGCAGUUAUUUUUGAUUUUCAAUUCUUUCAUGAAUAUUUGUUUUGACUAAUUAUAAUUUUAAUUUCAGGAGCAACAAAAGAAAUCAGAUUGCCGUGUCACAUGACACUCAUCUUACCAAGAAAUUCUAAGUUAACUAAAUAUAAUUAUUCCAAAUUUAAUUACAACUACAAGUGACCAUAGUCUCCACUUGAUGUAAAUAUACCAGAAUUCCAAGCAGCCAUUAUUAUAUAAUUAACUAAAUGAUGAUGGGCUCAUAGGCUAUUUUUUUCCAGAACACAAAGCACCUGUGAUUAAUAAAUUUUAAUGUACAAAGAAUUUGUAUUUAUCAUUAGCAGAUUGAUGGCUUCUCAAAUUACCCCAACAUUGUGAACUAAAGGAAUAAUAUAAACC